AUGGGCAACCGACAAAGUGCUCAAAGAACUUUCUUUGAUUCUGAUGAUUCUGAUGAUUACGCAUGUUCCUAUGAUUCGGAAGAAGAGUACACUAGACAAGGUCCAGUAGCUUCUCUUCCUAUCAUCAUCCGUGAAACGAUUGCGGAAUCACUUCCCGAAGUAAAUAUUAAAAAACAACUCAUACAAGUGAUGAAUAGCACAGACAGAAGUGGUGAUUUUUCAACUGGUGGAAAAUUAAGUGCUGAAUAUUCAAUACCUGCUAUUGAAAUUUUACAAGAAUCAGGAGUUUAUAAGCCUUUGCCACUUCCGAUAAUUUAUGAGGAACAAGCUAAGGACUUGAUUAAAAAUUGCUCAAUGAGCCCAUUUGGAAGAUUGGAUAAAACUAUUUAUGAUGAGUCUGUUAGAAAAUCAUGGCAAUUGGAUCCACAGAGAUUUAAAAUAACAAAUCCAAAGUGGAAUAGUUUAAUUGAGGAUUUGGUUAAUAAUAAUGUGAAAAAGGAUUUAGGAAUUGCACAAGAAAAGAAAAUUGGAUUUUCUCUUUACAAAAUGUUAUUAUAUGAAGAAGGAGGAUUCUUUGAUUUUCAUAGAGAUACUGAGAAGGAAAAUGGUAUGAUUGCCACUCUAGUUGUUCAAUUGCCAAGCUCUUUCACAGGAGGUGAAAUAGUUGUAAGACAUAAAGAAAAAGAAAAUAUUUACAAGACUUCGGAAGAUGCAACUUUUAAUCCAUAUUAUGUGAGCUUUUAUUGUGAUGUUUCACAUAAGGUUGAGACUGUUAAAUCUGGAUAUAGAUUAGCUUUGAUUUAUAAUUUGGUAUACUCUGGUGCCGACAAAAUUCAAGCUUUUGAUAGUGAUACUCAAUUGAAACAAAUUGAGACCAUUGUAAAAUCAUGGUUAGAAGCACCAAUGUAUUCCAAGCUUUGCUAUGUUAUGGACCACAAAUAUUCCACUGCUGGUUUAACUCCUGAAUUGCUAAAAGGCAAAGAUGAAGCCAUAUAUCAAUUACUUAAACAAAUACCAAACGUGGAAACAUCUUUGGCAAUUUUGGAAAAGCAUGAAAGAUCCUGUGGAUCUACUGUAAGGGAUAUUGAAGAAACCAAAUUGUAUUAUCAAGGUCAUGUUGUUGGACAACCAAUUAAUCAGAAAAUUCAUUUGAUGGAGGAUGAAAUCUUUCCAGAUGAUGUAAGAAGAAGCAUGCCAGAAGAAAAUAGAGAUAUUGAAACAACUGGUAAUGAGGGAGCUACGAUUGAACGAUGGUACAAAAGUGCUUGUAUUAUUAUGAUUCCAAACGAAUUGAAAUCUUUGGAACACAAAGACAAAGUUACAGAACUUUUAGAAAAAUUCAAACAAAACCCUCAUGAAAAUACGAGACGUUUGCUAAUGGCCCUAACAUCAUCAAAACUUACUUGUUCUGAAGAUUCUGAAUGUAAUUCCACAUAUAAUAUUGAGUCUAAAGAUAUUCUUGAAGCUUGUAUAGCUCUGUCCUAUUUGCCAUUGAGCUUAAAGUUUAUAGAAAGAUUAUGGCUUGGUGGAGGGUUGGGACAUAUACAAGAGGCUAAAAUAGCUACCACAUUAAUCAAACAUCAUGGUGUUGAGAAUUUUAAGGUUUUAUUUGAUAAGUAUAUUGAAAAAUGUUUCAAGCAUUCAUAUAGUACUUCAUCUGAAAUUGAAGUAAUAGCAUCUUUGGUUUUAGAAUUAGAGGAACCAACAUGGAUUGAAAAAUUUAUAUCAAAUAUUCCAAUGAUAGCUGCUUCCACUUAUUAUGGAAUCAAAUCGGAUGCAAUUGUUUUGCUUUUAGGAAUCAAGGACAAGUAUCCCUCCACCUCUGAAAAAAUUACCCAAUUCGUAAAUGCAUCCCUUAAGAAUGAUAAUACAUCUUUCUCUGCCGACCUUAUCAUCCGAUUGAAUAGAAUUGAAUUAUGCCCUAAGGUUUUCAAGACUGCUUUUGGCUCAUAUUCUAUUACCAUUGCUAAUGUUGAACAAUGUAUACCAGUUAUGAAGCAUUUUGGAUUGGAACAAAUCUCUCCACUUCUCUCCCAAUCGUUAUCAACAUUAAGACCCCAGAAUAUGCCUUCAUUGAUUUCUGUUUUGGAAAAUAUAUUGGUAAAGGAUGGAAAGGAAGAACAAUUUUUGGCUAGUAAAUUGUUUGAAGCAAUAUUAGAAAUGCAAAAGAAGGAUAUUUCUAUACUUAACAGUGUAAAGUUAUUGACAUUAUGUAGAAAGCUUGGAAAAACUGAAGAUGAGAUGAAUAUCUCAAAGGCUAUUGUUGCAAACAAAAAUUAUUCGACAAAUAAUAUGUAUGAAUUGGUUGAAGGACUAGCCAAAAAUAAUGGAAAUGAAUGUUUCUGGACUGGAUCAGGAUUUAGAAUCAUUUUGGAUCAUAGCUACAAGCUAUUACACAAUGCUGCUAAUUCAACAAAUGAAUCCCUUACAGAAUUCAAUUUGGGUGAUACCAACAAGUGGAAAUUUACACAUAUUCCUGUUACUUGUACAUGCAAUAGUUGUCUGAAAGUGAAGCAAUUUAUAGAAUCUUCUGAAACUGUUUUUAAUUUUAAGGAAAAGCAACAGUCAAGGAAGCACGUCGAACAAAUCUUGCGAAAUGCAAUUGACAUUGAAAAGGAAACCAUCAAAAAAGGAUCUCCACAAACAUUAAGAUUGACCAAAGUUCUUAAAAGUCCAGAAUCUAAGAAAUCACUCUCGACAGCAAUUGAACAAAUACUCAAAACCCUUUUACAAUAUGGCAUCCUAUCAGAUCAGAAACCAAACAGUAGACCAGCAGAAGCAUCAGCUAGCAAUGAACCUCCAACAAAGAAAAUUAAACAAGAACAACAAUAA